AUGCGUUUCACUCAAGUCGCUGCUGCCUCUUUGGUAGCACCGCUCGUUGCCGCUCAUGGCAUGGAGGGUAUGCCAAGGAUCGUUGGUAUGCCUAGGCAGUUGAGGGCCAGCAACCCUUUCGCUGGUUUCAAGGACCAUCAUAUUGCUCACCCAGAUCCCAUCAUCCGCCCCCGCCAGUCCACUGACGGACGCUGUGGUCCCGACGGCGGCAACCAAAAGUGUGCGGACAACGAGUGCUGCUCAAGCGCCGGAUACUGUGGUACUACCCAGGAACACUGCCAAGCGCCUGACUGCUUGUUCAACUUUGGACCUGCAUGCGAUGCCAACAAGACCCCCGCUGGAGCAAGCACCCGCAAUGACGCCCGUCCCCAACUGGGAUCUAUUCCUUACGGCGGCGGUGGCAUCUACGUCUGCAACAACCCUGGAACCGUCGCUAUCACCUACGACGAUGGUCCAUACAUCUACACCGAAAACGUUAUGGCUCAAUUUGAAGCACGUGGUGCCCAUGCCACGUUCUUCAUCACCGGUAACAACAUCGGAAAAGGUGCUAUUGAUGAGAACUGGGCUGGCGUCAUCAAGAAGAUGUACGACAACGGCCAUCAGGUCGCUUCUCACACUUGGUCCCACCAGGACCUCAGCCUUAUCACCAAGGAGGAGGUUUACGACCAGAUGGUCAAGAACGAAAUGGCCAUCCGUAACAUCAUCGGCAAAUACCCUACCUACAUGCGCCCACCUUACUCUUCCUGCGAUGCUGAGUGCCAGGAAGUCAUGUCUGAUCUUGGCUACGUCGUUUCCUACUUCGAUCUCGACACCGACGACUACAACCAACUGACUCCGGAGAAGAUCCAGGUCGCCAAGGACAACUUCAAGAACGGUAUUGACACCCGCAACAGCGGAGACCCAUACGACGGUGACAGACUCGUCAUCGGCCACGACAUCCACCAACUGACCGCCGAGAACCUCACUGCAUACAUGCUUGACUACCUCUACGCCCAAGGCCUCACGGCUGUUACCAUGGGCGAGUGCCUCCAAGACCCCAAGGAAAACUGGUACCGCGACUCUACCCCCGCUCCCCCCAGCACUUCCUCUACUCGCACCUCUUCUGCCGUCCCUACUCCCACCGGCCCUACCUCCAAGGACGGCAUGUGCGGCUCAACUGGCGGUGACCAGUCCUGCGUCGGCUGGGUCGGUAUCGACGGUCUCCUCGGCGAGUGCUGCUCUCAAUACGGAUACUGCGGAAACACCGCCGACCACUGCCAAACUGGCUGCCAAGCCGGUUUCGGAAAGUGUGGUGCCCAGCCCAGUGCCUCUCCGUCCGCUUCUGCCUCCGUUUCUGCCAGCGUCACUGGUCCCGUGCCUACCCCUACCGGCCCUUCUACCACCGAUGGAUCUUGCGGUGCUGCAAACGGCGGCAUGACCUGCAUUGGCUUCAACGGCCCCGCUGGUCUUAGCGAGUGCUGCUCUCAGUACGGAUACUGCGGUAACACUGACAUCUACUGCGGAACAGGUUGCCAGGCUGGCUUCGGAAAGUGCGGUGCUCAGGAUGUUAGCAGCGCAUCUUCUUCUGUAGCCGCUAGCUCUACCCCAGCUCCGUCUUCCUCGGCUGAUGUCAGCAAGGACACUGUCUCUUCUUCCACUGUCUUGAGCUCUUCCGCUACUGCUUCGUCCGAUGCUAGCACCACUAUCGAUGCUAGCUCCAGCGCCAGCCAAGUCUCAUCCGCACCCUCCGCUACUCCUACCACUUCUGGUGAGAGGUCUCGCGACGGCUCAUGCGGCGGUGUCAAGGGAUACACAUGUGUUGGAUUUAGCACUCUCGAGGGCGUAAAGUCAGAGUGCUGCUCCGCUUGGGGAUACUGCGGUUCCUCCGAGGACCACUGUGGUGCUGGUUGCAACCCAAUCUACGGCAACUGUCCUUCGGUCUCUUCUUCGUCUGUCUCCUCUUCCAUCGCUGUUUCCAGCGCUAGCGAGAAGUCCGAGUCCACAUCUUCUACCGUUGCUACGCCCACGUCUGAGGUCAUUUCUUCAUCUGUUUCUGCUUCCGCCUCCGCUUCGGCUUCAGAGUACGUUUCUGCAUCAGUCUCUGAGCACGUAUCCGCCUCUGCCUCUGCCUCUGUCUCUGAGCACAUCUCUGCUUCUGCUUCUGCUUCCGCUUCAGUCUCCGACUACGCCUCGGUGUCCGUCUCCGUUUCCGAGCACGUCUCCGCAUCGGCUUCCACUCCCGCAUCUGAGAAGCCGGAGGAGCACGAGUCCACCUCCGUCUCUGUCUCUGCUUCUGCCACGGACUCUGCUUCCAAGGACAGCUACCCUACCAGCUCUGUCGUCCCAGCCUCCGAGUACCCAGCCUCCACUCCUGGAAGCUCCGAGACCGUCUCAUCAAGCAGCUCAGUGGCCGUCUCGGCCUCUUCCGAGUACCCUGUCUCAAGCUCCGCUUCCUCUGCCUACCCCGUCUCCACCAUGACACCCACCCCCGUCCACCCCUCAUCUUCCUUCUCAACCGCCAUUGUCCGCCCUAGCUCUACUUCCUGCUCCACAACCGCCACUCCCACACCUACCAAGCUCCCCGUUUCUUCAAACGGAAAGUGCGGUGAGGCCAACGGUGGCCAGACAUGCGCUGGCUACAAGACGCUCUUCGGUGUUGAGAUGGGAUGCUGCUGCAAGCAGAGUGGACGUUGCUCCAUUGACCCCUGGGCGUGUGGUCUUGGAUGUGACAAGGGAUACGGAAAGUGCUGGUUCUAG